AUGAAGCGAGAGCGCCAGUUGGCGCUCCACCGCCCGGAUUUAGCACUUUUGGAUGGUAUAGAAGAAGUGUUAUGUCGUCGUAAAUAUUCUGUUCGUUCGCCGUGCGCUGGAAGGUGUCGGUGGCCUCCAGGUGCCUCGGCUGCCAACACAGCUCCGUUGUCAACGCAAUCUGAGGCUAAAGAGACCUUGUAUGACGACAAAUGUGACAAUAGUGUCUCAGAAGCUGCCAAUGAUCAUUUAAAUGGUGUUAUUUCUGAGUUACCAGAUGUAUUUGGUCGGGUCCUGUACGACCUUGCGCGGGUGAUGCAGCGGGACAGUUCUACGUAUGACGCUUUUGACGUUCUUUAUCGUGCCGUGUCUAAAGUAAGACAACGAGAGAAUGCAGUUAAGACAAUUAAGCAUUAUCGUAGAAAGAAGGAGCUCCCUGUUAACAUCUACCAUCAGCUGUUAUCCCGUCGCAUGGGUCGUCGUGGUGUUGAACAACACAUUGUAUCUCGACAACUUAGGCGUGUUUCCGUAUCGAUAAAGCGUGCUAUAAAUGUCUGGGGGCAUCAUUGCUGCUUGGAUGAGAUUGACCCUAACAAGCCUUACAAUGAGCCUCCACAGGUCCGUUGCAUCAGGUUCGACAGGACCGGUGAAGUGAUCAUCACAGGUGGCGAUGAGGGCAUAAUAAAGCUGUGGCAUACCUUUAACUGUACAUUGAUAACGAGUUUGCGAAAGCAUGCUGGAGGUAUAGUAAGUUUGGAUGUGCAUCCUAACAAUUUCUUUUUAUUGAGUUGCUGUGAUGGUGGUGAGUUAUGGCUUUGGGAGAUAAAUGGGAACCUCCACCGAGCGCAUAAACGCAUAUCAAGUCCCUUCAAAUACUUGUGGUGUCGUUUUUUGUCAUCAGGUGCCAAUGUUGAUUGUAAGCCUUCCGGCUUCAGCGACCGUUGUUCACAGGAGAUAGAGAACACCCUGGUAGUCUGCGUAACAACAGACUCGAAGUUGUCUAUUUAUCGUAUGUCUGACCUUGUAGUUUCUUCUAGUGGGAGCAAUAUAAUUUGCGAUGUGGCUCCUUUGUAUACCGUCGAACUCUUCAACCAUUACAUAAAAGCUUAUGAUAUAUCUAGGCCCUUGAUGUACGACAAUUCUUCACUAAUCGCCGUUGGCAUCGAGCCUAUGUUCUUGGAGGAGCUACGUAUGAGCGAUGACGCUGUAUCUUCGGCAUUGAUGCUUUUAAAUAAGGAACCCAACUAUGUUACCGGUGGCAAUGUUCCUGGAAAAUACGGGGAGAUAUCCACCAAUGCUUUGUGUGCGCUUUUCAACGUUUCUACGGGCGAAUUACUGCGUGUCAAUGGCAAAGACUCCCUGGCUGACGGUAAUUCUGAGAGAGACUUAGAAGGAGUCUGUCCCGUCAGGUCCAAAGAUAUGGAUAGGUCAGCAGUGUCUCAUAACAGUGACGACUACUGCGUUUGUGACGCAAACAUGGCAAUAGCCAUGGAUUCAGCGUCGAAAUGUAAGUAUUGCCUCAAGCGUGUGCGUACGUUUACCUUUCCACCGGUGCCACGUGCCGGAUCGGGUGGCCACUCGUCGCUGCUUGACGGUUCUUUAGGCUACAGCUGUAGCUCUGAGAAUGGUCGUUUGCCAACGUCUUCACGCAGUCUCGCACCUAACUUCAUUUGGAACAGUAACAGUAGCAAGUUUGAAAAGCACAUUAGAGAUGCGCUUGGUUCCUAUUCCCUUGAAGGUGAUAUUUCGGUAGUGGAUUCAGUGAACAUUGGUGAGAACAGUAUGCCGUUUGGUCGCAUGAGUUCGCGUCUUGUGUUUCCUUCUUAUAUGGAGCAUCGAUAUGCGUCCUUAGAUGGUGUAAAUCGUGAUCCUGGUAACUUCGAUGAUUUGAUAUACCACGUUCAGCGUGGUCACGAUUUAAGUCCCGACGUUUGUUUUGCAAAUAGCAGUUUGAAUCAUGUAACAGGCAGCGAUGACGGUAAGCUGUUUCUGUGGGUUCAUUGUGGCCAUGAUGUGAGGUUUAAGAGUAAACAGUUGUUCACGAAAUGUCUUACCAAAUGGCUUAGCAGCAGUGAUUCACAACCAGAUCACACUACAGGUCCACCUACGGUCAUGGAUCCAUCAUUUUUGUUUAAGUCACAUGAUUGCAAUAUAAAUUCGCCACGUAGCGUACCUAGUGCUUCUGUGAAGUGUGAUAACUCGUCUAGUGAAGGUCUGGAUGGCGCUGAUAGGGGAUUUGGGCGUGAAAACAGAUUAAUGCAAAGCCAUCCUACUACGGUUAGUCAUAAAGGGGGGUUGAAAUCAAGUGAAUUAAACUUGUCGGAUUCGAAUUUAUUAACGAAACAUGACGGCAACAUACCUACGCAUGAAAAGCAAACCUCAGAUGUCUCUAAAGUUACGGGAACUUCAUUAAAUUCUACAUUAUAUUCGUCGGAUGUUGAUAAAAUUGAUUUUAGGCAUAUUGACUCGGGUGUUUCUUACGCGUCAAAUGAAUCAUCAACGAGUUUCGAACGCAAGCUCAAGCAUUUGGACGGCGUUGAUGCUUUCUCGACGUCCGCAAGUAUCAGGCCAUCAAUGAUGGAUGAUUGUGUGAAGGAGAGAGUUACCGUUACAUCUGAACUUUUCAAGGAAGGCGAGGUUAACAAGCAGUGUAUGAGUGAGUCUGGCCACCACUACGUGGUAACAGCAAUUUCCUGGUCUUUGAAUGACACUUACAUCUUCAUCGCUGACAGCAUAGUGACGCGUUACAAUGUUAAGAAAUUGAUAACGGCGUCACGGACGAUAUUAUCCGGUGUUUCUGUGUUCACGUCGGAUGGUGUACAUGUGGCUGACUUUUUGCACAAUGACAUUAGCCACCACGUUGGUUGCGUCAAGCCGCACCCUGUGACUGAUGAUCUUUUGCUCACUAUCACUUAUGGCGGUAUCAUUUAUGUCUUAUCUGUAGAGUCCAAGAGUGUUGUGAAGAAGCUAGAUUGCGGUCCAAAUGCUGUAUGGGUUGAUGCUGACUGGCAUCCUAGUGGCAUGUAUUUUGCCGCUUGUCAAUCAUACGGGUGUUUCUCAUUGUUUGCUUUGGAUGGAUUAGUGAGCAACUACAGUUCAACGCUUAACCAUCAAAGUGGUUACAGCGACAUGUUACCUAUAAACACAUCGGCAUUUUACACUGGUGCUGAAAGUAACGCAGAGGUUAUGAGGCGUUACUAUUACGGUUCUACGUUAAUGCCUGCACUUGAGCUACCAGGCAAAGGGUCGAAUGAGAAUUUGCGUCUUUACACAGCAAGUUCCAUGCACACUAUCUUGGAUGACAACCGUUGCGAGGUUCUCUACGCUUGUUCACCAGUACCUAUGCAAGUGGAUGACACCCAGCUCUCUAUGAACCGUCUUUCGGAAAUGUUUUCAAUACCUGAUGACAUUGUGCCUAUGAUAUCUGUAUUGAGUCGCAUGCCGCUUAGUGUGGGUAUAGUUGAGUUUUUGCAAUGGCAUCUUGCAAAUUACUUAGGAUGUGAAAUCAUAGAGCUCAUAGUUUGGUUCAUGUGCCUCUAUGGUGUGGAGAAGAUAGUGGACCUUUCGAAGCGGAUCCGUCGUUCUACAUGCCCUUAUGGCGGCUCUACUUGUAUGGUAUGCCAUUAUAUUUCAACAGCCACUGAGCGAGCUGAGAGGUACGCUAGCAUCAUCUCUGGUCAUCGUGGUGUGAAGUCUAGGGUGAACGAGCGUGGUGAUAUAAUCGCUUGUCUUCCUAUUUCUGCCCGGCCGCAAUCUGCUGCAGUACCUCAAACCACAUCCACCUCGUUUGAGAGAAGGACCUUUCCAGUAUCUCCGGUGCGCAGAACAACGUCAACUACGACAACUUCAAGGCUUCACUCAACUGUGCGCUCACAUGUUGGCAUGAGGUCGCACCAUGGCUCUCGUGCGAGUACCAGACCUCAUAUAACUACAAGACCGCAACCUACGAGAGUUCAACCGCCCCGCGGUAGGGCAGCACAGACCGUUACCGCACCUGCAACACCAGAUACUGUUACCCUUUCGGAUAAUGAAGAGCAAUCUCAAGGUUCACCUCGAAGGGGUUUGGGUGGUACGUCUGCAUCUUCGUCGUCGAUCCAGAGAUCGACACGUACACCAUCUGCUGAUGAACGUAUUGGUUCCACUAGGUCUCCGAAUGAUCCCGCAGCUCGUAACACACCUAGCCGAGUGAAGAGUGACGAACGUACGGCACGCCGUCUUCGUCGUGAGAUGCGUAUAUAUGGUUCAUCGGAGGAUGACUCCACACCGGAACGUGCUACUACGGGCUACGCCUUGCGGCAACGACGUGGUGGUGGCUACAUCGAUCAUGCCCGGCACAUUAGCACUAUGUUAGGCCCUCUAGGUCUAUCUCGACAGGGUCGUCGUGACGGUACAACAUCUGAGGGUAUAUGUGUUAUGUGUGGUCACGGUGAUGACUCUCAUAGGAGCAAACGUGGUUCGGGUCAGAGAGUAUAUAUCGGUGGAUCUAAGAUCACUAAGAACGCAUUGGUUGGCCCCUUUGCGACAAGCCCUCAUUAUUUAGAGGUUCUGGGUGAGGAAUUGCCAAGGGUAUAUGAUCGUUUGGGAAGUAGCGUGGUUAUUCACACAGGUUGUUUGGCCGCUGCCACAUACCUACUGUUCGACACUGCAGAGCGGAAGGUUUCUAACCUGCCAGAGGUGUUGACACGUGGUAUGCAUUUAAAGUGCUCAUAUUGUGACGACAAUUUUGCAACUCUCCAUUGCAACGGUCCCAAUUGCAGUCGUGUAUUUCACUAUCCUUGUGCAUUUCUCUGCCUGGAUGACGAAUCUUACCAACAGCGGCAACCUACUGCGUAUAGUAACCCUGCAAUAUUGGAGCGUAUAAGCAAUUUUGUUGACCCACUUCUUUGCGACCAAUUUUAUUGCGUGGAGUGUACACUAAAGAGCUGUAUGGACGGGUCUCUAUCUCUUGAGCCACUAUGUACCGGUGAUUUCUUCCUUCGAGACGAUUCAAGAGCUUGGUUCUACUCAGAUACUAAGAACGACCUGCAGCCGUUUUAUAUACCACAGGGUGGUGAACUUGUUAUUGUCCCUCGUCAGGAACAAGGUGUGCUAAAAGCAAACAUAACGUCGUUCUGGUCUUUCCAAACGUUUUCACAAAUGUUAGAGGUGAAGAAGAUGGAUUACCGAUUCUACGGUCCUGUAUCUGACAACUUUGGAGUAUGUUCAGUUAUGUCACUUCGUCAGGUGGAUAACAAUAGGCGCAUUUCUUUGUUCUAUUACCCCGGUGCAGUAAUCGUGCUUCCAGUAAUCGAUUUGCUGGUCGGUCUGUGGCGUUUUGGUAAUCUGGAUGUUGGUUCUCAUGUAAAGGUACGUUAUUCGGGGGAAUGGAAGGACGCAGUUGUCUGUGAUUUGAAACGAUCGUGGAGACUGAGUAGUCCUCAUAAUAUAGUUGUUGGCGACUUCAGUACAAACAAUGUUGGUAAGAUGGCCCAGGUCGCCUUUGAUAUCGGUACAAACUGUAUUAAGGUUGAACCCAUAUCUGGUAUUACAAAAGAAUGGUUUUCAUCUUGGGAUGUUCAUCUAGGUACUGAAUCAGAGACCAUUUUGUUGGAUAAGUUGAAAGAAUCCUUAUUCCCAGCUGAUGCUAAAGCUCAGCUUCUAAAUUUAACAUUGGAUGCAGAAUUUGAGGAUUUCAAUGUGCUUCCCACUUUUGAGGAGAGCCGGGAACAUUGGGUUCGUAUUUACUGGCAGACUGUUUCUAACCCAAUGUCCCUGGAAAAGGUUCGCCAACGUAUUUUGAACUCAUAUUACACAUGCCCACAAGGUUGUAUUUCAGACUUGGAGUUGAUAGUUCGUAACUGUGAAUUUUUCAACCCUCCUUCAAGUGAAAUUUGUCAAUUAGCACAUGCCCUUGAGCGUGCAGUUUCAACAGUUCGAGAUAACAUUCGACGUCUCAUGAACACGGAUAGGUAUUGCAAAAUAUUAUGUCAAACCGUAUUCCCGGAUAUUGAGCGAUUCUUCGUAGACACGGGCGACAAUGCCACUGAAGUUGGAUCUACAAGUGUUUCGUCACCUGUAAGGCCGGAACGUGGGUCCGUCUCUGAGGAUCAUGGAACUAUGGCCGAUGAAGAUGUCCCAAUCCGUCCUUCCAAGCGUCCUCUACACGUCGAUUCUACAUUAUCCUCUGAAAGUACGACUGUGGGUGAGAGACAUAAGGAAGAGGUUACUCAUGCUACGGUGGUUGCAGGAUCUGAAUAUGAUAUUUUGCCACGCCGUAGCACAAGACGAAGUGCAAGGAAUGUCGUUUCUUAUAAACAAACUCAGCGACAUUCGGCAGAUCAUUAUUCCCCGAAGAGUAGAAAUGUACCUACCCGGAGAGGUUCAACUAGACAUGCCAAAUCGUCUGGUUCUUCUCAGGUGGAUACCCGUUCAAAGAAGGAUACUGCAACAACUGUUCAACUACCGAAUGCUGAAUCACGUCGUUCUUCGGCACGAUUAGCUGCAAUAAUUCAACAUGAGCGUGAGCAUGCUAAGCAACUCGAGCUCGAGGCUGAGCGUGAAGCACAAGAAGCCAAGUUGCGACGGUUAAUGGAAUCACGUUACAACUUCCGGAAUCGGGGAUAG